AUGGCACUGGAGAACAAGUCUCCGUCUACACACAACCGGCUCCUUGGUAUGAAGGUUCCGCAUCCACCCUCGACAAAUUUUCAUGACGACUUUCCCACUCCAUCUCCGAAACGUCAGAAAACAGCGCCGUCCAGCCCACGCAAGGCAAAUGUUGGCGCUGGCGAGGCUGCCGAUCCGACGGGCUUGCCUCAUGACAAGCGCGGAAGACAACGAGCCCCCGGCUCCGAAGAAGAAGAUGACAAUGACGACCUUAGAAUCGGGCAGGCUGAAGUGCCGAGAUCUACACAAUUGGAAACUGUGUUACCUCCCAUGCAAACUGAUGAAGAAGCUAUUGAAGCCUACGAGGCCUAUAAAGCUGGUCAGCAAGAGCCCGAGCAUAUCACUCAGUCGAGACUCGGCAAUCGAGCCUGGAUUCGAGGGAAAAGUUCAAUCUAUGUCGACGCAUUUAACCUGGCAUUAGACACCGUCCUAGAAGAGGAAGGUCACUUGUUCAACGAUGCGGAGCAGCAACUAUUCCGAGAGUGGAGGGGCCUCGACUACGAGUGCCAAUACUUGUAUGUCAGGCUCUUCCUUAGGAAGACGAGCAAGUGGUUUCGCGUGAAGGAUCUACAGUACUAUGGCGAUGUUGCAGAUAUCGAGGGCGCAGUCCAGCGGUUACAGCAGACUCGUGCGUUACCAAAGUCCGAAGAGGGCGCUUUCCAAGCUCCUGGUGAGCUCGACACCCCUGAAGGCAAUGAGCUAGGCGAAAGCUUUACUUUUGCGGAAUGCUCUUCUGAGCACAUCACUACGCUUGACGAAGCUAGUAGUCUCUUGUUGCUCGAUGAACUCAAAGUCCUCGCUAAAGAUGCGAGGGUGCAAGGCAAGAACAAGCGUGAGCUUCUUUCGAAACUUCGCCAGACAAGCGGCGCUCAAAGAGGCCUUGGCUUCAGAAGUCUCUCUCGAACAGAAACAGAAGAGUCGACCGAAUCCGCAGGCUCGGACUCAGGGGCUCGGACGCCAGCCUAUGAUGAAGAUGGUGAUGACUCACGUGAGUCAAAUCGUGAUGCACACUUUACCAAAAAGAUUCUUGAUCAAACUGGGCGGUGCAUCAGGCUAUCAUUGGCGGCAUUGAAGUUGUUUGAACGGGUGCACCUCGUGUUCUACCGAGACACAGAGUGGACUGAGAAGUCACUCACUGUGCUAAUCCUGGCGAAAAUCUCUCGACGAAAUUUCCCAGUAUACAUUGUUAGCCGAUCAAACAACAUUUUUGAAUCACGGGCAAUGCUUCUUGAGUUCGAGGCAAGCCUUCGGACACAGUUCAGAGUUGACAGUAUCCUCGAGUUCAAUGGCACUCCUGGCCGCAGGCAAUUUGACGAAGUCCUUACCAUCUUCGAGGCCGUGUAUCCUCGGUGGAAGGCGCUUCUGGCAAAGGAACAGCAGAAAGAAGACCGCUUGUACGACACUGGCGAAGGGGCCUAUUUGCGGCGCUUCAGUCCCGCCUGGGUCUACACCCGCAUCGUGCAUAAGGCACAGUACCCAUUGGCGCGCUUCAAGGAGCAUAAGCGCGAGCACGAGUUGAUGUCGGAGCUCUUAAACCAACGCUUAUUCCAUGCAGCAAGGCGAGGCUCGUGGUAUCAACGCAAGGCUCUACUGGAAGAGCACUAUAUGUAUGCAUUAAUGCCGUCAGAAGGCCGACCGGAGGAUUCCAACAAGAAGCACUGGAAGCGAAUUGCUCUACGGACGUGCGAAGAAGGUUUAGAAGACAAAGAGUGCCAUAUUAUUUACCACUAUGACCUCCAGAAGCGGAUCCGAAAGCUGGAAAAGCAACUGCGGAUUCCCAUGCGCGAGCAGCACGACUUUGGUCAUGUCAUGCUAGCAAAGGCAUCAGAGCGCACCGUGGUCGGAAUCCAGAUGGAGCGGGAUGAAGCCACUGGACGCCGGAGCAGCACAGGAGGCUCAGGUGGGAAGACUGUGUGGGUCGAUACUCACGACACCAAUGAGCCGGUUACAGUGGAGCUCAUGUGCCUGUCGCAUUACCGCCAUGUGUUGGGGUGGAAGGGCUAUCACUCGGAAGGCUCUAUCCUCCGGACCUUGUUUGGGUUACUGUUCUGCGAUGUGUUAUUUACUUACUUGCCUAACGUCUUCCAGACGGCUUACCAGACCUGCCCUCUGGACUUGCAUACCGAUGGCUUCUACUCGGCAAGGAUCAGUGAAAUCAACGCUCGUGUCAACGAUCUGAGCAACGGUAUGGCGGCGGAGAUCAUGCAGCGAACAUGGUCAGAGCACUACGAGCAGCGUACAUGCAUAGUCGGUGUACGAUGGGAUGACUAUGAGCUAAGCGACUUGCUGGAGAUUGUUGGCUGUUUCGCCGGGCAGUCUCUGGGCACAAUCAUGCGUGUGAUGGCACAAGAAUACGCGGCGAGAGGGGGUGGAGUGCCUGAUUUGUUCUUGUGGAAGCCUCCUUCGGCCGAGAGUAAGGAUGACGGCGAGGUCAUGUUUGCGGAAGUGAAAUCACUCAACGAUCGACUGAGUGAUACACAGCGGCUCUGGAUAUCGGUCAUGCUCGGUGCGGGCGUGAAAGUCGAGUUGUGUCACGCCGUGACCGAGAGCGACCAAGUUCCAAAGGGAAAGGCUUAG